UACAAUUGGAGCUAUUAUAUAAACUGAAGGGUUUAUAAAAUUCAAAGACAAAUAUACAUACUUGUUUAGCACAUUGAAGGGUUUCAUAUCCAAAAAACAAUUGAACUACCUGAUGAUAUUAAAGAGGAGUAGCGGCUGGAGAAUGGGUGUACUUGAAAAGGAUGAAGGAAAUAUGAGGAAAGGUCCUUGGACUUAUGGGGAAGAUAGGAAGCUGAUUGCCUACGUUAGGGAGAAUGGUGCUGGUCGUUGGAAUUCAGUUGCCAAAACUGCAGGAUUGGAGAGAAGUGGCAAGAGCUGCAGAUUGAGGUGGCUCAACUAUCUCCGCCCUGAUCUAAAGCGUGGCAGCAUAACUCCCAAAGAACAACGUUUGAUCUUUGAUUUGCAUAGACAAUGGGGAAACAGCUGGUCUCGAAUUGCUCGGAGUUUACCAGGAAGAACAGAUAACGAGAUAAAAAACCAUUGGAGAACCCACAACAAAAAAAUGUCUCGAGAGCUAAUUCAGAGUUAUAGAUGGCCGCCAGUUUCCAAAGGUCCAGCACAGAUAAAAGCAGUAAGAGAAAAUAAUUUGCGUUCUAGUGGGACAAGCUCUAAGGGCCACCAUACGGGUGUAAUGAAGGAACUGUAUGCAGAAUUUAAAGCACCCAUGACUCUAAAGAAGGUUGGUUGUGAUAUUUGUGAAGUGCAUGAUGGUAACCAAGAAUCCUUAACUUCCCAAGAUAAAUAUCAAGAGUUUAUAAAGAAAUUUUCUGAUACGAAUAUUGUGAACUGCACAGAGGCUGAGACGUAUGAAACAGGUGUAGUCCAAUACAGCCCAGCCUUCUCUUGUCCUUCUAUGACAGCUUCUCAAGUGAAUGUCUUCUCAGACAAUGAAGAGUUCUUGUGGGAUUAUAAUUCCAUAGCCUUGUGGAAUUUAGAUGACGUACCCUUAGGCAAUGUUAACAAAAAAAUGGAUCUUUAAUCCCAAAUAUUGCAGACGAGGUUUUCGAACACAUGAAAGUUGUGACUUUUCAAGAAGUCUCACUCCUUUAGGAUGACUUGAUAUGGUUAUGGAAACCAUUACUGCUCAAUCAUAAGCUUAAGAAUAAUAUAGGUACAACAAUUAUUUGUUGAAAUCUAAAUAUGAUUUUAGAGAUAUUACAAUGGGCUGAUACUGCUACAUGUUAAGGUGUGUCUUACUCUAUCUCAU